UUGGGCCGCUGAGCUGACGGCUGAUGCGCGAGCUCCAGUGUGUGAGCCUGAGCUAGCGCGAGGCGGGCGGUGCGAGGGACGCCGAGCAGCGGAAGGCUUGAAUUUUAGUUUUCUUGAAAUAAAAAUACACGAUUCAUAAGCAAAAUUCGCUGUUUUCACACCGCCUAAUCCCACAGGGAGAGAGGGCAUUGGAAAAUCGCGUGGAUCGCGGAGGUAAGAGGCUUCCAAUAAGAGGACAAAAUGGCUCAACGGGAUGCAGACCGGUAUCUCUAUGUGGACAAAAAUAUUAUCAAUAAUCCAUUGGCACAAGCUGACUGGGCAGCAAAAAAAUUAGUGUGGGUGCCCUCAGAACGCAAUGGCUUUGAGGCUGCCAGUCUCAAGGAGGAGAUUGGUGAAGAGGCACUCGUUGAAUUGGUGGAGAAUGGCAAGAAAGUUAAAUUUAACAAGGAUGACAUCCAGAAGAUGAACCCACCCAAAUUCUCCAAAGUUGAAGAUAUGGCAGAACUGACUUGUCUGAAUGAAGCUUCUGUACUCCAUAAUUUGAAAGAGCGUUACUACUCAGGACUAAUCUAUACUUACUCAGGUCUUUUCUGUGUGGUCAUUAAUCCUUACAAGAAUCUACCUAUCUACACUGAGGAGAUUGUUGAGAUGUACAAGGGAAAAAAGCGGCAUGAGUUGCCACCCCACAUCUAUGCCAUUACAGAUACUGCAUACAGAAGCAUGUUGCAAGAUCGUGAGGAUCAGUCAAUCCUAUGCACAGGAGAAUCUGGUGCUGGUAAGACAGAAAACACCAAAAAAGUGAUUCAGUACUUGGCUCAUGUUGCUUCUUCACAUAAGUCUAGAAAGGAACAACAGUCUACGGUGUUAGCAUACGGAGAGCUUGAGAAGCAACUACUCCAAGCGAACCCUAUCCUUGAAGCUUUUGGUAAUGCAAAAACUGUGAAAAAUGACAACUCUUCUCGAUUUGGAAAAUUUAUUCGAAUCAACUUUGAUGUAAAUGGCUACAUUGUUGGAGCCAAUAUUGAAACUUAUUUGUUGGAAAAGUCUCGUGCCAUACGUCAAGCCAAAGAUGAACGUACUUUCCAUAUUUUUUACUAUCUUCUUUCCGGGGCUGGAGAACACUUGAAGAAUGAUCUGCUAUUAGAGGGCUACAAUAACUACAGAUUUAUGUCUAAUGGUCACGUUACCAUUCCUGGACAACAAGACAAAGAAUUGUUUCAGGAGACAAUGGAGGCUUUCCGAAUUAUGGGAAUAUCUGAUGAUGAACUGAUUGCCAUGCUAAAGGUUGUUUCUGCAGUACUUCAAUUUGGGAACAUCGUUUUCAAGAAAGAACGCAAUACAGACCAAGCUUCCAUGCCUGAUAAUACAGCUGCCCAGAAAGUCUGCCAUCUGCUGGGAAUCAACGUGACUGACUUCAGCAGGGCAAUCCUCACACCCCGCAUUAAAGUUGGGAGGGAUUUUGUCCAGAAAGCUCAGACCAAAGAGCAAGCUGAUUUUGCUGUUGAGGCUUUGGCUAAAGCCACUUAUGAGCGACUCUUCCGUUGGCUGGUUAUGCGCAUUAAUAAAGCUCUGGACAGGACCAAGAGACAGGGUGCUUCCUUUGUGGGCAUUCUGGAUAUUGCUGGCUUUGAGAUCUUUGAGUUGAACUCCUUUGAACAAUUGUGCAUCAAUUACACAAAUGAAAAGCUGCAACAACUCUUCAAUCACACCAUGUUCAUCCUGGAACAAGAAGAAUACCAGCGAGAAGGAAUUGAAUGGAAUUUCAUUGAUUUUGGCCUUGAUUUACAGCCUUGCAUUGAUCUAAUUGAAAAAUCUGCUAGUCCUCCUGGCAUCCUGGCUCUGCUUGAUGAAGAGUGCUGGUUCCCCAAAGCAACUGACAAAACAUUUGUUGAGAAGGUAGUACAGGAGCAGGGGACCCACCCGAAGUUCCAAAAACCUAAACAGCUAAAAGACAGGGCUGAUUUCUGCAUUAUGCAUUAUGCUGGGAAGGUAGAUUACAAAGCAAACGAGUGGCUAAUGAAGAACAUGGACCCCCUAAAUGAUAACAUCGCCACGUUGCUGCACCAGUCUUCUGAUAAGUUUAUUGCUGAUCUUUGGAGGGAUGUGGACCGCAUUGUUGGUUUGGACCAAGUUGUAGAGAUGUCCCACACAGCAUUACCUGGUGUGUUCAAGACCAAAAGGGGCAUGUUCCGCACUGUCAGCCAACUUUAUAAAGAGCAGCUUUCAAAACUAAUGGCCACUCUAAGGAAUACCAAUCCAAAUUUUGUUCGCUGCAUUAUUCCUAACCAUGAGAAGAAGUCUGGAAAACUAGAAGCUCACCUUGUUUUGGAGCAACUCCGGUGUAAUGGUGUCCUUGAGGGUAUUCGUAUUUGCAGACAAGGAUUUCCCAACAGAAUUGUUUUCCAGGAGUUCCGUCAAAGAUAUGAGAUCCUUACUCCUAAUUCCAUUCCCAAAGGUUUCAUGGAUGGAAAACAGGCUUGUGUACUCAUGAUCAAAGCUCUAGAAUUGGAUCCUAACUUGUACCGUAUUGGACAGAGUAAGGUGUUCUUCCGUGCUGGUGUGUUAGCUCACCUUGAGGAAGAAAGGGACUUGAAGAUCACAGAUGUCAUCAUUGAAUUCCAAGCUUUGUGUAGAGGUUAUUUGGCAAGAAAGGCCUUUGCUAGACGUCAACAGCAACUGAAUGCCAUGAAGGUAAUUCAGAGGAAUUGUGCUGCUUACCUGAAGCUACGCAACUGGCAGUGGUGGAGGCUGUUUACAAAGGUGAAACCAUUACUACAAGUGAGUCGACAGGAAGAGGAAAUGUUUGCCAAGGAGGAUGAGUUGCAGAAAACCAAGGAGAAGCAACUGCAAGCAGAGAAUAAGCUAACUGAACUACAGGAGCAACAAGCCCAGUUACUGGCUGAGAAGUCUGCUCUGCAGGAGCAGCUGCAGGCUGAGACUGAACUCUGUGCUGAGGCAGAGGAGAUGCGGGCACGACUUGCUUCUAAGAAACAGGAGCUAGAGGAGAUCCUACAUGAUCUAGAGGCGCGGGUAGAAGAGGAGGAAGAGCGCUGCCAGCAGCUACUCACAGAAAAGAAAAAAAUGCAUCAAAACAUCCAGGAGUUGGAGGAACAACUGGAAGAGGAAGAAGCAGCUAGGCAAAAACUGCAGCUCGAGAAAGUGACUGCUGAAGCUAAGCUGAAGAAAAUGGACGAUGAAAUCCUGGUUCUGGAUGAUCAAAACAAUAAACUGUCAAAGGAAAAGAAACUUAUGGAAGAGAGAAUAGCUGAGUUCACCACCAACCUUGCUGAAGAAGAAGAAAAGUCGAAAAGCCUGGCAAAACUCAAGGCCAAACAUGAAACAAUGAUUUCAGACCUUGAAGACCGUCUGAGGAGGGAGGAGAAACAGCGACAGGAACUGGAGAAGAAUCGUCGAAAGUUGGAGGGAGAUUCAUCAGAUUUGCACGACCAGAUUGCUGAGCUACAACAACAGAUUGCAGAGCUUAAAGCACAGCUGGCCAAGAAGGAAGACGAACUUCAGGCUGCACUGGCCAGAAUGGAAGAAGAAUCUUCAUACAAGAAUGCGGCCCUCAAGAAAAUCCGUGAGCUGGAAUCUCAUAUUAGUGAGCUGCAAGAGGAUCUCGAGUCUGAGAGGGCAGCCAGAAGUAAGGCUGACAAACAGAAGAGAGAUCUUGGUGAGGAGCUAGAAGCUUUGAAAACAGAGCUGGAAGAUACUCUUGAUUCAACAGCUGCCCAGCAGGAACUCAGAGCAAAGCGUGAGCAAGAGGUGAGCCAGAUGAAGAGAGCUCUGGAAGAUGAAGCUAAAACUCAUGAAAUGCAGAUUCAAGAAAUGAGGCAGAAACAUUCCCAGAUUGUGGAGGAUCUGUCUGAGCAACUGGAGCAGACAAAACGGUUCAGAUCUGGAGUGGAAAAGGCUAAGCAAGGCUUGGAGAAUGAACGCAAUGAAUUGAGCAUUGAGGUGAAGAAUCUGAUGCAGGCCAAGGCAGAUUCUGAGCACAAACGCAAGAAACUGGAGUCAGUGUUGCAGGAGCUGCAGGUUAAAAGCACAGAUGGAGAUCGAACUCGGGCAGAGCUCAGUGAGAAAGUCUGCAAGCUUCAGAAUGAAUUAGACAACGUCUCUACCCUCAUGAAUCAAGCAGAAAGUAAGGUCAUUAAACUGACUAAGGACCACAGCACAGUGGAAUCCCACCUGCAGGACGCCCAGGAGCUCCUUCAAGAAGAGACUCGCCAGAAGUUGGCAUUUGGCACCAAACUGCGACACAUGGAAGAUGAGAAUAGUCGGCUUCAUGAGCAGUUGGAAGAGGAGGAAGAAGCAAAGAAAAACUUGGAGAAACAAAUUUCUGCCCUCCAGACUCAGUUGACUGACUCAAAGAAGCGCCAGGAUGAUGGCUUGGUAUCGUUGGAAUAUGCAGAGGAAGCUAAGAAGAAGCUACAGAAAGACAUUGAGCUCUUAACUCAGCACUUUGAAGAGAAAGCAUCAGCCUAUGAUAAAUUGGAAAAGACUAAGAACCGUCUGCAGCAGGAGUUGGAUGAUAUAGUUGUGGGCCUGGACCACCAACGGCAGAUUGUUUCCAAUCUUGAAAAGAAACAGAAGAAAUUUGAUCAGUUGCUGGCUGAGGAAAAGAACGUUUCCUUAAAGAACGCGGAGGAGCGGGAUCGUGCACAGGCUGAAGCACGCGAGAAGGAGACUAAGGCCCUGUCACUGACCCGUGCCCUAGAGGAGGCAAUGGAACAUAAGGAAGAGAUGGAGAAAAUGAAUAAGCUGCUGCGUGCAGAGAUGGAAGACCUUGUCAGCUCCAAGGAUGAUGCAGGAAAGAAUGUACAUGAGUUGGAAAAGUCAAAACGUGCUCUGGAGCAGCAGGUGGAAGAGAUGAAGACUCAGUUGGAAGAGCUGGAGGAUGAGCUCCAGGCCACUGAAGACGCUAAGUUACGUCUGGAAGUAAAUCUGCAAGCCGCGAAGGCUCAGUUUGAUAGGGACCUGUUGGGCAAGGAUGAACAAAGUGAAGAAAAGAGGAGACAACUGAUUAAGCAGGUUCGUGAAAUGGAGGCAGAACUGGAAGAUGAGCGAAAGCAACGGUCCUCGGCUGUUACUGCCAAGAAAAAGUUGGAGAUGGAUUUCAAGGAUUUGGAGGGACAAAUUGAAGCUUCAAACAAGAGCCGUGAUGAAGCCAUAAAGCAACUUCGCAAACUGCAGGCUCAGCUGAAAGACUACCUUCGUGAACUGGAUGAUGCUCGCAGCUCUCGAGAGGACAUUCUGACCCAGUCUAAAGAAACUGAGAAGAAACUGAAGCAACUGGAGGCAGAAAUGAUUCAGUUGCAGGAGGAGCUUGCUGCAGCUGAGCGUGCCAAACGUCAGAUACAACAGGAAAGAGAUGAACUAGCUGAAGAGAUUGCAAGCAACAGUUCUGGAAGAUCUUUUGCUCUGGAUGAGAAAAGACGUCUUGAGGCCAGGAUUGCUCAGCUGGAAGAGGAGGUAGAAGAAGAGCAAAAUAAUGUUGAAAUGGCUAAUGAUAGACUCAAGAAAGCCAACCUGCAGGUUGAUCAAUUAAAUGCAGAUCUGUCUGCUGAACGCAGCAAUGCCCAGAAGGCAGAAAAUGCUCGCCAGCAAGUUGAUCGUCAGAACAAGGAGCUGAAAGCCAAGUUGCAGGAGAUGGAAAAUGCUGUCAGAUCCAAGUACAAGGCAAACCUUACAGCACUGGAGGCGAAGGUCACUCAGUUAGAGGAACAACUUGAUGCAGAAACAAGGGAUAGACAAGCUGCCAGUAAACUGCUGCGUCGCUCAGAAAAGAAACUGAAAGAAGCUUUGCUGCAGAUCGAAGAUGAAAGACGCAAUUCUGAUCAAUACAAAGACCAGGUUGAGAAAGCCAAUUCCCGUGUGAAGCAGCUGAAACGGCAACUGGAGGAGGCAGAAGAGGAAGCCCAGCGUGCCAAUGCUUCCCGCAGAAAACUACAGCGAGAGCUAGAGGAUACUACUGAAACUGCAGAUGCAAUGACCCGUGAGGUCAGCACGCUGAAGAGCAAGCUGAGACGCGGGGAACUACCAUUUGGUGUGCGCCGCACGGGCAGGAAGCUGGAUGAAAUCUCAGAUGAUGACGGUGAAGGUCGCACUGAUCCAGGAGAUUCCAAACCUGCAGAGUAACUUUGCCAAAACACGAACCUAUAUGCAGUAUAAGAGCCAUAAUUGGGCCAAUUAUUAUUAAGGUUUUAUAAAAUGCAUAACUGUGUAUUUUAUGCUGCAGCUGAUAACAUCAGGGCACACUUGCUCCUUUCCCCUCAGCUUUAUGUAAAUUCUUUCUGAGUAAUUUUGUGAUGUGCAUAAACCUGUUAACUGGAAGAACAGGCUCAUGUCUUCAGCAGCACAACCCAUUGAAGAAAAGUUAUGAUUUAAUCCUCUUGUAGAUCAGUUUUUUAAAUUGCGGUUCUGCAUUUCUCAGCUAGUGUUCUGGCUUGGCCUGGAGUUGAACUUGUGGAGGAAUUUUUUUUCCAUUAGCUUUAAAUGUGUUUUGUUUAAUUUGGCUAACUUUGGGUUGCCUUUUUAGUAUUCAGAUUCAGGAAUGUAGCAUUUUGUUAGACAAUGGCUAUUGAAACUAGUGUCUAGGCAUAGAAGCAACUCUUCCUUUGACAAUCCUAUUAAACCGUGUGGCUGGGCUCACAGAUAUUAUACAAUUCAGUAACUCGGAGACAUCAAUCAAUAUUGUAUUCAUGAUCCCGUUGAUGAAUUGAAAAUCCACUUGCAGAUGUGUCACUGGCAGUUCUUCAUACAAUAGAAUAGAAAUUAUUCAUUUCUGCCUGGAAUCUGGAGUUACCCUAGUUGCCGCAGGCUAGCUGAUCACUGCCUGAGAGAUUUCAGUGGAUUUUAUUUCAGUUUAUGUGUUUCUCUUUCUGAAUUAUGUAAAUUGCCUCAGGAAGCAACAGAAAAUAAUCACUCCUAACUGGAAGCCUGUCUGUUCAGUUUCUUUGUGCUACUCUGAAGCUAAUCCAGUGUGCAUUCCCAGCAUCCAUUUCCAGUAAAUGUGACAAUCCUGUUUUACUUUAAUACCUUAGGAAAGCAUUCCAUUUUUUUUAUUGAAGAGAAUAAGACAGUGCACCUUUUUCUUUGUUGUCAAUAAUUGUUUUUAGGCUGUGAUCUAAUUUGGAAAUCUGGUAAUUUCAUUCAUGGGAAUUCCCAGUUUUGUACAAGUAAGCUUCUGACUGGUACUGCCAGUUCUCAUGGCACACUUUCCUGCGUAGCAGAAUAAAAACAUUACAGCUCCCACCCAAGUCAGUUAUUUGCGAAGUGCUUUGCUUGGAACAGCUAUUUCUUCUCAGAUCCCUGGACAAAUGGGGUACAGUACUGGUACUGAGAGAAGCAGCACUUAACACUGCAGAUGAUACCAGCCAAGCCUGGCUAGUUCUGAAACUCUUCUGAAGAUGUUAUUUUGUGCAUUGACAUCUAAGAAGACUGUUGAAAGGAAACGCAUGGAUAUAUAUAUUCAUUUUUUAAUCUUAUGAGUAUUGCUUCAUAACAAUAUUGGGAACUGUUUUGAAAGUUGUACUGGAUUUGUAAAAUGACUUCAUUUCUGUGAUUCAGUUAAGGACCAAAUAUAUAUUUAAACAUGAAAAUAUAAUCAAGAAAAAAAAUCACUAAUAGAUUCUCAUUUUAUAUAUGUAAUGUAACCAAUUGCUCUGACCAAUCAUGAUCUUUUAUUGAGCUUUGGGCUCCAAUUUAAAAAAAAUACAUUUCAAAAAAAAACUGGAAAAUGUGCUAAUGUUUUAAACUGCACAGUUUUAAAUUCACUAUCUGGUGAGGGGUGCAAUGUACACUGGGUGUGUCAGGAGAUCCUACAAAUUCUCCUUUAUUCAGGUUGGGACCUUAGUUUGAGACUUGUUUUUAAUGUUGUACAUUCCUAACACACUGGGCUGAAAGAGUGAAAAAUGUCUCUCCAUUCUAAAUGCUGCAACAUUUGUUUCACAUGAGCAGUUGCUCUGUUUUUCUUGCUAUAGAAACUAUUUGAAUUUACAACACGUAUAUUUUUAUAAAAGUGCCUUAAGCAUGUGUCGCACCAGUGCCGCUAAAUGGAAUUGUAACAGUCAUUUGCAGAUGUUACCACAGACAUGUUACAAAUAAAGUUUAUUGGAAG